AUGGGUCUCGGAGUUCUCGAAGACCGACAUCUGGACCAUGUCCCGGGCACCGCGUUGCUCGCAGACAUGGUCGAUGCGCAACAUCAUCAGUUUCAUGGACGAGAUACUUCGGGAUUGAAACAUGCCACGGGACGCAAUGCUGACAUUGUGCUUGUUCCUCAACCCAGCGAGUCACCCAGAGAUCCAUUGAACUGGUCCAUGUGGAAAAAGGACCUUCUCUUGCUCAUCAUCAGCAUCGACACGGCCGUUGUUGGCGCAUGGGGUCCCAUGAUCUCUCCUGGAUUUGCGGAAAUGGCUGAGGAGUGGCACAUGUCCUACAACGCGCUCAACGGCGGCCUGGGAUGGGCCAUCUUCGCCAUUGGCAUCUCGUGCUUCAUCACCAACGGACUUUCGGUCAAGUACGGUCGUCGACCGGUCAUCAUUCUGGGAAAUCUUCUGUUGUUCAUCUCUUCGGUUUGGGGCUAUUUUGCGCACAGCUAUCACAGCUUGCUCGCAAGUCGAAUCUUCGGCGCGGUUGGAAUGUCGCCCUUUGAGGUCCUCACAACAGCAAUCAUUGGCGAUAUCUACUUUGUGCAUGAACGCGGCCUGCGUCUAGCUUUCUGGGGUCUAUGCUUAAGCAUCGGAGUCGGCGGCGGCAGCGUUAUUUCGGGAUAUAUUAUACAGGAUCUGGGCUGGAAUUGGACGUACGGCAUCUGUGCCUGCUUGUAUGGGGUGUUUAUCAUCUUGAUCCUUCUGUUCGUGCCCGAGACGGUGUACAAGCGAGAUCCUGCGUACAACCUUGAUCUAGGUACGACGGACCACACGUUCGAGACGCUGGACGUGCAAGAGGUCAAGGGCGAACACAUGGAACACCUCGAGACCACCAAAUCCGGCAGCAAGGUCCACACCGAAGUGCUGUACACGGGUGCCGACGAGCGACCGUGGACUUUCUGGGAGGAAAUGCGGCCGUGGCGCGGCGCCGAGUCGGACGAGAACCUGCUGUACAUUGUCUUCCGGCCCUUUGGCAUGCUCCUCUUCCCGCAGGUGCUCUACGGCUUCAUCACGUACGGGCUGUCGACGUCGUGGUUGGUGGUGAUGAUCUCGGUGCUUGCGCAGCUCUUUACGGGUCCGCCUUACAACUUCAGCGUGUCGGACGUCGGGCUCAUCAGCAUCGCGGCGCUGGUGGCAUCGUUGCUGGGGUUCGUGGCUGGGCCGAUGAAUGACUGGACGGUGAAGAAGCUGGCUCGAUGGAAUGGAGGCAUUUAUGAGCCAGAAUUUCGCCUUUCGCUCAACGUGCUCACCCUGAUCCUAGGGGUCGUCGGCUUCUUCGGAUUCGGGGCCACACUGGAGAACGAGGCACCUUGGGCUGGGCCCGUGGUAUUGUAUGGCAUCAUCUACUUCUCCAUGUCGUUUCUCAACAUUGGCAUCUACGGCUACAUCACCGAAUGCCACCGGAACAAGGCACCAGAGGCGUUUGCGUCGCUGAACCUGCGCAACAUCUACAGCUUCGGCAUGAACUAUUUCAUCAGCGACUGGAUCACGAAGCAAGGACCCCUGGAAGUCUUCUCGAUUAUCGGUGGCCUCCACAUCUUCAUCUGCCUGCUCACCAUCCCCAUGUGGAUUUUUGGCAAGCGAUGCCGGAGCUUCACGGCGCGAAAUCCCAUAUUCCGUAAGAUCCAGGAGUCUUAG